CUCCACUCAAAAAAAGUUCAACCAAACAAGGUGACCGUGAUUAACGCGCGCACCCUCCCCCGCCAAUGUCCCAAUCCCAGCCUUCGUUUAAUUUUCUUCGGUUACAGACUUGGUUGGUUCUUCUAAAAAAACCCACCUCCAUUGCCUUCCAAAUCCUCUCUCCCCCUCAAAAUAUAUAUUCUAGAGAGAGAAGAUAGAGAAACAAGUCUGAAACAGCUUUGGAAGGGACAAAAAGUUCAAGAUGAUGGCGCAAGUGAGCAAAGUUCCAACUGGGACCCAUUCCGGCCGUUACAUUCCCGGUGUACCCAAACCUGUUCUGGGUUCUGUACAGUUUGGAUCAAAGGUAAAGGGUUCGGAGAGUUCAUUGGGUUUGAGCCAUGACAGGGUCAGAGUUAGGCCGCCUCCACUUAGGGUUUCAGCUUCGGUCGCCACUGCCGACAAGCCGUCGACGGCGCCGGAGAUCGUGUUGCAACCCAUCAAGGAGAUCUCCGGCACCGUCAAAUUGCCCGGCUCCAAGUCACUCUCGAAUCGGAUUCUCCUUCUCGCUGCCCUUUCAGAGGGAACAACUGUUGUGGACAACCUGUUGAACAGUGAUGAUGUCCAUUACAUGCUUGGCGCUCUGAGAACUCUUGGAUUACGAGUUGAAGAAGAUAGUGCAGCCAAACGGGCCGUAGUGGAAGGUUGUGGUGGUCUGCUCCCUGUGGGAAAAGAAUCAAUAGGUGAAGUUCAACUUUUCCUGGGUAAUGCAGGAACAGCAAUGCGUCCAUUGACAGCUGCAGUUACAGCUGCUGGUGGGAAUUCAAGCUACAUCCUAGAUGGGGUUCCUCGAAUGCGGGAGAGACCAAUUGGUGACUUGGUCACAGGUCUUAAGCAGCUUGGUGCAGAAGUUGAUUGUUUUCUUGGUACAAACUGCCCUCCUGUCCGUAUAGUUGGAAAGGGUGGUCUUCCGGGGGGAAAGGUGAAGCUCUCUGGAUCAAUUAGUAGUCAAUACUUGACUGCGUUGCUCAUGGCAGCUCCAUUGGCUCUAGGAGACGUAGAGAUUGAGAUUAUUGACAAGCUUAUUUCCAUACCUUAUGUUGAGAUGACUUUGAAGUUGAUGGAACGCUUUGGGGUCACUGUAGAGCACACCGGUAGCUGGGAUAGAUUCUUGAUCCACGGAGGUCAAAAGUACAUGUCGCCUGGAAAUGCUUACGUCGAAGGUGAUGCUUCAAGUGCUAGUUACUUUUUAGCCGGUGCAGCUAUCACCGGUGGGACCGUCACUGUUGAAGGAUGUGGAACCAGCAGUUUACAGGGGGAUGUUAAAUUUGCUGAGGUUUUGGAGAAAAUGGGUGCAAAAGUUACUUGGACCGAGAACAGUGUGACUGUGACCGGGCCUCCUCGGAAUUCUUCUGGAAGGAAACACUUGCGUGCCAUUGAUGUCGAUAUGAACAAAAUGCCAGAUGUUGCCAUGACACUUGCAGUUGUUGCUCUUUUUGCUGGUGGUCCAACUGCCAUAAGAGAUGUGGCUAGCUGGAGAGUGAAGGAAACUGAACGAAUGAUAGCUAUUUGCACUGAACUCAGAAAGUUGGGAGCAACGGUCGAAGAAGGGCUAGAUUACUGUGUCAUCACCCCGCCAGAGAAAUUAAACAUUACGGAAAUAGAUACAUACGAUGAUCACAGAAUGGCCAUGGCAUUCUCUCUUGCUGCCUGUGCAGAUGUUCCGGUCACAAUCAAGGAUCCCGGUUGCACUCGCAAAACUUUCCCCGACUACUUUGAAGUCCUCCAGAGGUUUACAAAGCAUUGAAACCACUCAUUUACUCUUGAAAGAAAAAUGUAGAGUAAAUCAUAAUCAUAUUUUAGAGAGUAUGUAUCCGGUAUUAGGUGCAAAAUCCGUCGUCUCCCAGCAGCAGAAGUAGGGAGAAAAAGUGGUGCAAAAUAUCUGUAUCCUUUCAAUUUAAUUGCCUUGGUAAAAUUGUGUGCGCUUUUUCAUAUUUAGUGUUUGGCUGUAGAUUCUUUGGUCUGGUUUCUCAAAUAAUUGACAUUGAAGCAGCCCCAUAUGAGAAUGUGAGACACUUUGGUUUCAUCUGGAACAAUAAAAUCAAACUCUGUGCAACCUUUGGGAAUUUCCAGGAUCUGUAGAGCUUGUUGAUUGUUUUAUUGAAUGUGAGAUAACUUCUUCUUUU